AUGGAAGAAAAUAACUCUAAAAAUGAAGCAUCUAAAAUAAUGAAAUUACAAAGAAGUUUGUCAAUGGGUUUGUAUUUUGUUUGUAUUUCUACACUAUCUUGGUUCAUAUGUACUACUAAAAGAAGAAAGGAAUGGGCAGACAUAAUGCUUGAUUAUGUUCAUCAUAAAAGAUGUUCUUUUCUAUCUAAUUCAUGGGAAAAAUUUUUGAAAAGAUUAAAGUCAUAA